AUGGUAUUGCUGGAUUUCUUUUAUAAUUCACAAGUGGGUCCUUGGUAUCACCAUGUUAUUUUCUAUUCUUCAAGUCCUUGGGUUAUCUACAAUAUUCACGUUGGUGAAUUUGUUAAAUUCUUGUUUAUUAAAGCGACUUUGCAAAGAUUUGAAGCUUUCAAUAGCUUACUAGAACAAAACAUAGAAGUAUCGUAUAUUGGGAAGCCUACAUUUGACAUUGAUCAGUAUAUCACAUUACAUAAAAAUUUGUGCGACUUGGUGGCACUAUUCAACGAAAUUUAUGGUUUGAACAUGUUAAUCUCCAUGUUUCAAACAAUUAUCUACGUUUUACGAUUGUGUCUAGCAGUAUUAUAUGCCCCACAAUUUAUAUUCAUAGCUUUCGUUUUAAUGUGGACAUUUAAUGCAAUUAUACAAUGUAUAAUAGUGGCUGCAAUGUGUCAAAAAGUGGUAUACGAAGCAGACAAAACUAUAACACUAUCAUACAAAGCACUUUAUCAUUACAGUAACAUGCCAGUGAUGAAGCAAAAGUUGUUUAUUUUAUCUCAGCAGACGGCCGCAAGAUGUCCUCAGUUUACAGCCGCUGGAUUCUUCAGCGUAGACAACUCAAUGUUGUUCACAUUUGUUAACUUAAUCACAAACUAUGUGAUUGUUUUCAUACAGUUUUCACAAAAUAAUAGUGCCAGCAAAAUUAAAACAAAUAUUUUAGAAAAUAAUACUUCAUUACCUCUAAAUUAUUCUCAACAUGAAAAUUCACUUCAAUAA